UCCUUCUGUCUCGCCCGUUCUCUCUCCCUAUAUAUAUAUAUAUAUUUCUGUCUGUGGUAGCUGUUGCGUUUUGUGAAAUAAUCAUCAUUGCUAAAGCUUAUAGUAAAGAACGCAUGGCUGCCAAUCGGGUACUCGUUUACGGAGGAAGAGGCGCACUAGGUAGCAAAAUUGUUCAGCACUUCAAAUCUAAAGGAUGGUGGGUAGCCAGCAUCGAUAUCGUUGCCAAUGAGGAGGCAAACGCGAACGUGCUGGUGAAGUUAUCCGAGUCAUUUACCGAGCAAGCGGGGCAGGUGACAGCAGAUGUGGCACAGUUGCUAGGGGACCAGAAAGUAGAUGCCAUCUUGUGUGUGGCAGGUGGAUGGGCAGGAGGAAAUUGCAGCUCAAAAGACUUGUACAAAAACACAGACAUGAUGUGGAAGCAGAGUGUGUGGACCUCUACCAUCUCUAGCCACCUGGCUGCUGUUCACCUGAAACAAGGGGGGCUGCUGACUCUGGCUGGGGCUAAAGCAUCACUGAGUGGCACUAGUGGCAUGGUGGGCUAUGGCAUGGCCAAGGCAGCAGUCCACCAGCUCUGUCAGAGUCUAGCCGGAGAAGACAGUGGGAUGCCCCCUGGAGGUGUGGCUGUAGCCAUACUACCGGUAACCUUGGAUACGCCGAUGAACAGGAAGUUCAUGCCUGAUGCAGACUUUGGUUCCUGGACACCGCUGGAGUACAUUUCAGAAACGUUCUUCAAUUGGGCCACUGGUGCAGAUCGUCCAGCAUCGGGCAGUCUGAUGCAGCUCACUACUGUGGGAGGCAAGACACAGACACUACCCACGCAAUAGAGGAGAGGGAGGGAGAGAUAGACAAUGAGAGAGCGGGAGGGAGGGUUAAAAUGAGUCAGGGAGAGCGGGAGGGAGGGCUAGUUGAGUGGGAUGGUUGGGAGAGAUGGUGAUAGGGCAGGAUGGGGGGGUUAAAAUGAGUCACAGGGAGAAAGAGGGAGGGAGGGCUAGUUGAGCGGGAUGGUUGGGAGAGAUGGUGAUAGGGCAGGUCGGGGGGGUUAAAAUGAGUCACAGGGAGAAAGAGGGAAUGAAUGCUUGGUUGAAGAUGUUCCCUCUAAGAACUAUUAUCAGUAUCUCAUAACAAAUUGUUUGUAUUUUUGUGUCUUUUGAUGUGGUUUUAUUCCUCGGUCUCAAUUUGAAUAAAACUCCAUAUGAAUCAUAA